AUGCACACGUGGCAGACAAAAAACGCGCUCUGUUUGGGUCACAAUCCGUCGUCCGACGGCCAGGCGAACACGCGCGCCGAGACCAAAACCAAAACUGCACAGCGUCGACGGGGAGGACGGCCUUGCGAGGCGCCGCACGACGGAGGAGUGGCUGCUGCUGCUGCACGAGCGCGUGGCGUCGUCGCCGCGUGCCGCAGUUGUGGCGCGCGCACGCCGUGUCUUCGGAGGCCGGCCGAAGUGUGCGCGCCGAGCCCGGGCCGUGCAGCCGGCGAGGGGAGCCUGGAGGCACAGCUGCUGCUGCUGGGUGAGCCCGUGACAGGCCUCGGCCACCCCGUGUCACCGAGAGGGACGCCUCGAGAGCAGCGGGCUACACGUGCGCGCGAUCGGGGAAGUUGGCCGCUCGCAGGCGCGACUCUUCGCGUCGAUCGCCGGGGGGAGUCAUGGUCCAGAAACAGCCACCGUCUUGGAAACCGAAACGUCCCCGGCCUGUUUCUUAUGGAAGGACAGCAUCAAGCAUGGCCGCAGGACCCAGCAGCAUCCGCGAUUGCCGCCACCAGGACGCGGAAUGGCGCCAAAACCAAUGCUGAUACUGAUGACACAGGGAUCUACUAUACACUGAAGCAUCCUGUACGUCGCAACAUGGAUGUGGUCCUCACUUGCAGAACGUCGGGACGUAGGUCGCCCAGGCCAUGGAGACAGAUCUCUGCAGCGAUCAAGGUCCGAGAUGCCGAGAUGCUGCAAAUGUGCGAGCCGCGUGGCGCUCCCGGAGCCACAGCAGUCAGAGGCACGCAGGCCACGGAAAAAGCGCCGUCCAUGUCACCCCGCAGCGCCACGUCGCCCCCUUAAUUCUCACGGGAUUUCUCUCAAUCCCAUUUCGACGCGUCGCUCGUCUGACCGCGGAGAAGCGGCUGGCCGUGCUCCCCGUCGGUCGUCAGACCUCCCACGUGGUUGGGGCCCACCCGCGAAACGUGCUUUCCGCGCCCAUGUUUGUAUACAGUAAUCCGUUCGUGCGGCCUGGCCCGACCCUCGAGGGAGAGCGUGGCGGGUUCCCUGUUGUGCGCGCUCGUCUAUACAUAUACAGGUCGCAGGUGGCGUCGUUUAGCAUUUAGACGAAUCGCAGGACGAAUAGAGCCGGAGUCCUCGCCUCAAGGUCGGCGUCAACUGUGUACGCGCCCGUGUCCUGCACUCCGAGGCUCCGCAUUUCUCUCAGUUCGGCCGCAAAUGGAGCGCUGUUAUUCGCAGUUCUACCAACUGCUCCUACAGCAUUCCGGCUGCCGUCAGCUUCGGCACUUGUCUGAAGGCGGGCGGUGGGCACCACGCGCCUUUGUCUUUACCAGCUUCAACAUUGCAUAUAACAAGAAAAAGCUCGCCGCCAAUUCGAGCGGCGAUGACGAACCGAAAUGUAAAGUUUAGCUUUCUACAGGAAUUUUGAAGAGUAAUGUAGAACAGAGCAAGUGAGCGUCCACUGAUGAAAGGAUGCAAACUUCUCGUCAUCCACAACAAUGUCAAAAGUUGCGAUGAGUUGGGUGACGUCUCCUUGUUAUUAUAAGCAACCCACGAAAAGUCAUCUGAAGUCUUGCGCGCUGAAACAAUAUGUUGGGGUAAGUUAUCGCGCUCCUUUAUCUAGGUUGAAAUACCUGCUUUAUACGUGAAAAUUCCAUUCAAAGCAUUCGCAUUGAACUGCUGCUGAGCCAGAAUAAAAUCCAGUUGCCGGUAAUCAGAUUUAAAUACGUGAUGAUGCAAAUUUUAUGUCUUCGUGUUGAACUAUAAGACUGCAUUGACGCCUUUCAGACAAAGGUGCUAACGCCCCUUAGCAUAUUAGCAUAACCAUCAAUUAAACUAAUAGGGUCACUUUUUUUUUACCUUUUGCGAUAAAAGAAAACUAGAGAAAGAGUAUAUUAUCUUUCGAAAGUAGUAUUUUUCACGAGGAAUAAAUAGCUUAAAGGCGGAAAGCAAAUAAUAACAAUAGUAAAUAAAAUUAAGUACGGGAGAGGAUGUGUAAUUAAUUAAAUCAAGCAACAUGAAGAUACAGACACAGCAGGCCUCUAGCUAAGGCUUGGAAGAGACUCAGAUAAUGUCACUGUAUUCACUUCGUGAUGUUUCCACGAAACACAACAGCACGUGCGUUCAGACUACUUGGUGGGGAUUCAAGAUUAUUCUCGUUAUAAAAAAAGAAAAAGAAGAGAGAAAGAAAGGAAGUACAAUACUAGCGCGUGUGUCCCCUUUACGUUCGCAUAGAAAGUAGUAAAAGACCAUGAACCACGUUAGUCUGAUAUAUAUCUUACUAGAAUAAUCUACCUUCGCACAAUCUUCUUAAAGGCCGCUUAUAGACCAUUUUCAAAGAGGAUUGCUCACGCAGUGAACGGCAGGAAGAACGUGCCAUCCGUCACCCUAGUCUAUUAGUAGACAUAACCGGCGUAUCGCUGUAAAGAGUCGUCGCAUACGUCCCACGAACGCGCCAGUUCGCAGAAACGAAGAGGCCGGCAACUUCGCUUGUCUCUCGGCCAAGGAUUUCCGCUGAUCUAUCAAUGGCUGAUCUGGGUGGAUAUCUUCAGCGUAAAACAGCACUAGCCACGUGAAACUCCGGAAAGUGUGAGCCUCGGUGAAAGACAAUCCAAUCACGCAUCGCCAGAAGCCGCAGCUCCGAACACAAAAGGGAGGCGCUGAUGAGUAUUAUCGCGGUAGAGAGCCGGUCACCUUGUCCGUCGUGUAAACCACGCCCAUCGCGGGCCGAAACAAAGCCAGCGUCGUCGCUCAACACACCCCGCGCCAGACCUUAUCGUGCUAUCAGGCGAUAAAACAACGCAAACGGUCGCCGCGCCAUUAACGUCGCUGGCUGCAAGUCUUCUCUGCGCGAUUCCUCCCAGAUUUCUAUCGGCCGCCGUGAAACAAUAAAGCCGUGCCGGGAAGCCGCGCUGCGCUGCCGCAAAGAAGUGUGGACGGGGCCGGCUGCUGCACCUCCCGGCUUUCGCUCCUCUCUUCUAGCUGCCGGAGACAGCGGCAACAGCUGGUGCGGGCCGACCACCGCCUUCUCGCUUGGGCCAAGACUAACAAGAGGGAUAAACAGGCGUUGUGGGACGAGAGAGAGGCCAAAAAAAGAAAGCUAGCAUUCCGCGAAUAUUACGAUUCUGGAUAAGCGAGCUCUUCGCCGUCACGGUACAAAGGGGGCUCUCUUAGUUCUCCGUAGAGGAAGAAUAAUUAAUAUCCUCUUUGCCUCAUACAAGAGUGCCGAAAGGAAGUAGCGAUAGAGAAGGAGAGUGACAAGAAUAGAUUUCACUACAGAUCUCUCUCGCCUGCAGGGUUGCUCAAGCCUUUCCGGCCAGCGAAGAGAAAGGGGCAGGGGUUUUCAGCAAAUUCACGAUGGUUAUCCGGUCAAAUGAGCGGUUGUACAUGGAUCGCAAGUAAUGAAUUCGUCGUUUUCCGUCUCGCUAUGUCCCCUUAUCAGCACACGGCCCUUCCUUCUUAGUAAUAGCCGGACGUGGCCAAGGGAACACGCCGGCACAGCCAAUGAGCGGGCAGCUGCAAAGGAACGGCCCAAUGCGAGACCUGCUCCGUUGCUCAGUCAUGUGCGCUCCGACUCGAAAGGCAGGACACCAAAGACGCGUCAUUGCCCUCAGAGGCCAGGUUAUGCAAAUCUAAAGAGGCGGCAACUGCUGUUGCAAGCAGGUUCUGCUAGCGGCUUACAUGACUUCAGAGUACUACGUCGCUCGUGUGCGCGCCUGAGGGAGAUGUGAGCAUCGUAGUGCUUGUUCUGAAGCACUGAUCUGAAGUCGUAAAUUGGCCCUUGGAUAAAAGGGGUCGGCAGUAUCAACGGCGUGUCAAAGGGCGUUAUUUCAAUUGACCACGUUCUGGAGCCGUUUCGCAAGGCUUUUCGCUCGCAAGAAGUGUUUCCCAUUGGCUAGUGGCCAUUGAUUAUAAUAUGUUCGGUAUCAAAAUUGACUUUCGCUUAUUAUUCUGAACUGCUGUAGCGGACAAACUACUUUGUGAUUACGGGCAUUAAUUACUACUGCCGCUCAAGAAUAAAAAAGAAACAGAAAAAGAAAGAGUGGCUUUGACGACGUUGGCGACCUUUCUUUAUUCUUUAGGUUACAACCAAGCGUCCUUGAAUAAUCGUUACGAUACAAUGAAAAUCAUUUCGUCAGUUUUCAGGCUAUACAUAACGUGCUGGAAUCGUAUAAAGGUAACAUGGAUAAAAAGUAAAAUGUUCAUCGGUGCCUAAUGAGGUAACCUAAAAGCCGGUCUGCUGCUGCGUUUUCUUUCCUUUAAUUUAGUGCGCACGUAGUGUAAGUUUUUAACGUGUGCAUAACUUUA